AUGGAGGAACGGAGCUGCCUCCGCUCCUCGCUGGUGCUGGAUCAACGUGCCUGGGAGGUCACCUUAGACGGGGAGGUCUUGGAAUGGCACCUGCCCCCGCCGCCCUCGUCCCGGGGGGAAGAGAGCUUUUCAGUGCGCACCGCUGAGAUUAUUGCUGUGGAGGAAGUGGAAACUGAUAAGGAACAAUCUAGCAUUCUAAAAUGGAGAAAAAUGGCAAAGCAGCAUGGAUUCACGGUGUAUUAUGUAGAAAGGAAACAAUCUCACCGCUGGCGGUGCAAGGAAACAACCUUUUGGUGUGUUGAUGAGCAGCUUUGUAAUCAGUGGAUACAGGCACUAGAAGAAUUACUUCACUCUCAGACCUCUAGACCAAAGCACUUGCUUGUAUAUAUUAAUCCAUUUAGUGGGAAACAACAAGGGAAGAAGAUAUACAAACAAAAAGUCGCGCCACUGUUUAGUCUGGCUUCCAUCUCCACAGAAGUUAUCGUCACUGAAUAUGCUGAUCAUGCUAAGGAUAAUUUGUCUGAAGUUGAUCUGGCAGAGUAUGAUGGUAUUGUUUGUGUUGGUGGGGACGGAAUGUUCAGUGAAGUGAUGCAUGCUCUGAUUGGAAGAACACAGAAGGAUUCUGGCAUAGAUCAAAAUGAUCCCUCAGCACCAUUAGUCCCGUGCAAAACAAGGAUUGGCAUAAUCCCCGCUGGAUCAACAGACUGCAUAUGCUACGCAACAGUUGGCAUCAAUGAUCCAGUAACAUCAGCGUUACAUAUAAUUGUGGGGGACAGUCAACCUCUGGAUGUCUCUUCAGUACACAGCAAUAAGAGGUUUCUGAAGUACUUUGUGUCACUUUUGGGGUAUGGAUUUUAUGGAGAUGUAUUAAAAGACAGUGAAGAGAAGCGCUGGAUGGGGUCUGUCAGAUACGACUUUGCAGGUUUCAAGAAUUUCCUUUCCCAUCAUUACUACGAGGGCACAGUAUCCUUUCUUCCAGCAACACACACAGUGGGGUCUCCAAAAGACGGAAGAAUCUGUAAAACUAGGUGCCGCAUUUGCAGACAAAGCAAGCGACAGCUGGAACCGCUGCAGAAGUAUGAAAAAGACAGACUUGGGUAUGACACAAGAGCUCAAUGGAAGGUGAUCAGAGGAAAGUUCUUAGCCAUCAAUGUAGCCAAUAUGAGCUGUGCCUGCCCACGGAGUCCAAAAGGCCUUUCACCAUCUGCUCAUUUGGCAGAUGGCUGUGCAGACCUCAUUCUUGUUCACAAAUGCUCCCGAUUCAAUUUUCUGAGGUACCUCAUAAGGCAUACUAACGAGGAUGAUCAGUUUAACUUCACCUUCAUAGAGGUUUAUCGGAUCAGGAAAUUUAAUUUUACAGCACAACAUUUGAAUGACAGCGACGAGAUCAUACAAAAGAAGCACUUUGGGCAGUUCUGCAGAGACCACCCCUCUUGCUGCUGCACCUUAUCCAGCAGCAGCACCUGGAACUGUGAUGGGGAGACCCUGGAAAGUUCAGUAAUUGGCGUCCAGGUUCACUGUCAGUUAAUCAACCUCUUUGCAAGAGGAAUAGAGGUCCCUGGAAAGUAUGAAGAACGAUCCUCCAUGAUACAAGCUUCAUCUCAUCUGGCACGUCUGGGCUCUGUCUACAGUAACUAA